UUAGGGUCAAAGUUUUGUCCAGACUGCAGGAAUCAUCAGAUCUCAACAUUUCACUACAAACGAAAUCCAAUCACAGUUUAUCCAUCAGCUCUGAUCCGACAACAAGCUGUAUUUGGUUGACCUGUGGGACCCAACAUGUCCCGUUAUCUGAGGUUUUUUACUACGGUGGGUGAUGACAACCUUCAUGUGGCGUCCAAGUGGAACGAUGAGGAAUUUCAUGAGACCAGUGAGGUCGUGGAACCUGCAAAACAUCCACUCAUCACCCAGCUGACCUUCAGAGAUGCACUAAAGAGACUCUUCACCUCAGAGAAGUUUCAGAUAACAGUUGUGUGCCUGGUGAUCCUGGACGCCGUAUUUGUGUUGUGUGAACUGCUCAUCGACUUGUCAAUAAUUAAAGCAGACGAACACCGGGUCGCUCCUCAGGUGUUUCACUACCUGAGUCUGGCUCUGCUCACGUUCUUCAUGGUGGAGCUGGCCGGGAAGCUCUACGCGUAUCGGCUGGAGUUCUUCAAACACAAGUUCGAGGUGUUUGAUGGGAUUGUGGUGAUCGUUUCUUUCGUCUUGGAUAUUGUGUACAUCUCCAAAGAAGAUGCCUUUGAUGGCAUGGGCCUCCUGAUUCUGCUCAGGCUCUGGAGGGUGGCCAGGAUCGUAAACGGAAUUCUGUUAUCAGUGAAGAACAGAGCGUACCACAAAGUAGAGCAGCUGAGAGAGGAGAACGAUCGCCUCGUCCAGCGAGUCACAGACCUCCAAGACCAGAAAAGCAAAUUGGAUCAGGAGUUGAGUCGGUUACAGUCCCUCCUGAAACAGCAUGGCAUCCAGUUCUGACACUAUCCACUCUUGCAGUCUGGCACAGUGAAGUAACACACUCCAAACAGGAUGCCAAUCCAUCACGACACAGCUUGUCAACAACUGACCGGCCAGUAGCGCAACUGGGGAUUUGAGACUUGGAACCCAGUGGUAGUGGGCUAGCAUGAUUAACCACUGCGCCACCCGAGCUUUAAAUGCUAAUAUUAUAUACAGUAAGUGAUUCUGAAAAGCUUUUCUUCUGCUUAUUUAAUCUACAUAGUAUUAUAUAAAUGCUAAACAUGUGUGUAUAUAUUAUAUAUUUUUUAUUGAAAAUAAUCUGUAUAAAGAAUAA